AUGGCUAGCGAGAAUAACGAUACAACCACGAGCUCACGAUGGCAGCCGACGUUGGACAGCAAAUCCAUCACAUUCAUAUUCUCCCCCAAACAAUCCGGAAACAGCUGGGCGACUCGACUCACCCUCUACGAGUCUUCCACACCGGGAUCUCAAGACCCCUUUAAGCAGUACAGUGGCCAAAUGGCCGAGACUGAAGAUGAGAUAUCCCCCGAGACGGCGAUCGAGAUGCAAGUUGCGCCGAAACAGAGGAGGCAUAGAACAGUCAUCAGGGCGUUGGUUAGUGAGGGGCUCAGUGAUGGAGGGGGAAGUGAGAGGCAUGCUGUCUAUGAUUAUCGUAAUCGAGACGCCAAUGGCAAAUGA